GUGUGUCCUCUGUGGCCUCCCUGAUGUCCCUGGCUUGGGUGCUAGCCUCCUAUCACAAGCUUCUUCGGGACUCUAGGGACGACAAGAAGAGUAUGAGCUACAGAGGGGCCCUCAUCCAUCUCUUCUGGCGCCUCUUCACCAUCUCAUCCCGAGUUAUUUCUUUUGCUCUCUUUGCUUCCAUCUUCCAGCUCUACUUUGGGAUCUUUGUAGUGGUCCAUUGGUGUGCCAUGGCUUUCUGGAUCAUCCAUGGUGGGACAGAUUUCUGCAUGUCUAAGUGGGAGGAGAUCCUCUUCAACAUGGUGGUAGGGAUUGUGUACAUUUUCUGCUGGUUUAAUGUCAAGGAAGGGCGGACUCGAUACCGAAUGUUUGCGUAUUACACGGUGGUCCUGACGGAGAACGCUGCCUUGACCCUCCUGUGGUAUUUUUACAGAGAUCCUGACACUACUGACUCAUAUGCCGUGCCAGCACUGUGUUGUGUCUUUCUUAGCUUUGCUGCUGGGAUAGCUUUGAUGCUGUUAUAUUAUGGUGUGCUGCAUCCCAUGGGGCCGAGAGCUAAGAUCUUUGCCAGCUCCUGUUGCGCCGAGCUGCUCUGGGGCAUUCCUUUGCCCCCCGAUGUUGAGCCCAUGGCACCCCAAACCCCUGGGUACAGGGGGGCUCAGGCUACGCCCACCAGAGCGGUCACGGAGCAACAGGAGGAACUCACAGCUGACACUUGCUUGCCCGUUUUCCAGGUGAGAGCAAUGGUUCCAUCUACUCCAUCUGGGCGACCCUACCCCCCCGAGGGGCCUCUCAUUAAGAUUGACAUCCCGAGAAAAAGAUACCCUGCAUGGGAUGCUCAUUUUGUAGACAGGAGGUUGAGAAGAACUAUCAACAUCCUCCAGUAUGUCACCCCCACAGCUGUAGGUAUUAGGUAUAGAGAUGGACCUCUCUUAUAUGAGUUGCUACAAUAUGAAUCUUCACUUUAAAGCUCCUUAAAGCAAAAGUAAAAAGAGGGGACCUUAUUUUUGUUUACGGUAAACACAGAUCAUGAAACAAACACAAACCUUCAGAUAAGCUUUCUUUCUGGUUGCUGUAUGUAUAAAAAAAAAAAAAAAGAUAUUCUCUAUGUUUUGUAAGUAAAAACAAAAAGAAAAACUUUUCUUUUGUUUUUUACACACAAGAAACAGUAUUUCAACUUCCACACCUAGGAUUCACAGGUGGAGAAGGAGGCAUCUCCACAUCAGUUUUAUACCGUACACCAAGUGUAGAACAUUAUUUAUGGGAUUGGUGCUGA